CACUGCCUAGUUGUUAAUUAAGGAAGAGCUCAUCUGUUUGGUUGCGUGCACGAAGAAGAGAGUAUGGUACAACUACUUUCACACAAAUCUAUAAAUACACAGACACACUCAUAAGUUCAAAAAACACAAGAUAAAUAUAUUUUCUAUUCAAUUUUGUUUAAAGAAUAAGAAAAAGAUGAGAACUUCUUCUCUUCUUGGUUGGUUUUUGAUCAUCUCCCUCUUGUUACUUUCUCAAUCCCUCAUAAUUUCAUGCGGACGCCAUACGAUCACUCCUUUGGGUCGGGAACUAGUUGAACAUGAAGAGAACAAGGAAGGGUCAUCCGGUCAUCACCACGACCAUCUUCGAGUCUUCGUGAGGAAAAGCAAAAGCAAGAGCAAGAAGAAGAAGGACAAAUCAGCAGCCACUCGAACCCUUCUCUCUAACCCAUUUACCUAUGUAUCUACUGUUGUGAGUUCCUUUGUUUUAUUGCUCGCCGCAUUUUAAUCCAAGAUAACAGGUUGCGACUUUUUUAUUUUAUUUGUCAAAUGGCUUGAAUUUGCGUGUUUGUUUGAGUUUGUAUUUCCGAUCGAGUUUAACGAUUUGUUUUCUUUUCCGGCAAAGAUUGAGUUUGUAAGUCUUCAAUGUUUGAAAAGUUGUCUGAUCUGGUUUGUCUAAUAUUGUGGUUCCAGUUGUUUUGUUUAAUGAAUAAUAACUGAUUGUCUAAGACAAUUUAUCAUUGACACACAACUACAUGCGACUAUUUUUGGAAUUUUUUUGUUUGUUUGCUAAAUUGUAAAUAUCAUUAAU